UCGAGUAUUAAAAUCAUCAUCAGAUCAUCGCCGGCAUCACGCUACCCAGCGCUCUCGCGGCGCGCUAGAACUUCAAUCGCCGGUCGGCCGAUAACUGUUCAUUUCGAGGCAGAUCGCGUCCAGAUGAAGAAAUAUUAAAACAAAAUACCCACACACGGCACACGGCUCGCACCGGACGAGAGACGCGUUUCGUCCGCAUCGCAGUUUCCCGUUUCGGGUCCGAAUUAACGGUCCGAAAAGUUCUUCGCGCGCGCGCUCCUCCAGAAUCAUCGAGUGUGUUCGAAUCCAAAGGGGGCUGCAGUUUGGCGUGUGAUGCCAUUCUAGCUCACAAUCGCAAUCGAUUACGCAAUCAUUGAACAACGUGCUCAAAAUGAGAUUCUACGUACACAUACCUUAUGCGGUGCUGCUGUUUUCAUGCAUCGCAUCUACGACACCAACGACCACACCGACGACACCGACGAAGACGACUGUGACUGAAAAUAUGGGCAAUCGUGAUGGCAUUUUUAAUACUAACAAUACGACGACGACGAGUGAAAGCUCGCGCCGCGACCGUAAUGGAAAUUCGAACACGACCGCCGCCAAAAUUGAUUACGCCGAAAGCAAAACGCUGCUGCAUUGGGGACUUAACAUCGAUACCGAGGCGCUGCAACUUGGUGAAGACGAAGGAGAAGAACAUCAGAUCAAGCAGCGCGACAUCGACGACGCCGUGGAUGCCGGUUUGAAGCUGAUGAACGAAUUACACACUGUCAAAGAACCACUUUUAUAUUCAAUGGGAUUGUAUCUGGACGAGUCGGAGGCAGCAGGACGCGUGGCAUCUUUCAGCACACCAUCAAAACGUGCCUUGCAUCAAUCGCGGUACGGAUAUGCUGCUCUGCAGGCGUCGCUGCGCAUCCGAGAGAAGUAUCCGGAAUCCCGCAGCAGACGGAAUCCGGAGCAUGUCUCCUUUCUGCGCACUGAUGCCUUUGAUGACCAGUGUCCCAUCCGCGGGAUACCAAGAUGUCCUUCUGCUUCCAGGCGUUACCGGACCGCGGAUGGCACCUGUAAUAAUCUGGAGUUUCCAUGGAAAGGCGCGAGUAUGUUGCCGAUGCAACGAUUCCUGCUGCCUGAUUACGAUGAUGAUGUGCAGGCGAUUCGGAGGUCUGUACGAGGCGGUGCUAGGUUACCCUCGCCGAGGGAGGUCAGCAUUCGUAUUCAUCGUGACCGCGACGUCGAAAUGCCGUCGGUGACCAUGAUGUUCGUACAGUGGGGCCAGUUUGUUGAUCAUGACAUCACAUCGACAGCGCAAUCGCGUGCGUUUAACGCCAGUAUACCUCGAUGUUGUGCACGUGGUGGUGCUGGUUUCCUGCCGCCGGAGUUCAUGCAUCCGGAAUGUCUACCAAUUGAAGUACCUGAAGAUGAUUGGUUUUUGGGGAGAGUUGGUAUGAGGUGUAUUGAGUUCGUACGCAGUGCGCCUUCAUCCCGAAUUAAUUGUGACCUUGGAUGGCGAGAGCAGAUCAAUCAGGUGACCAGUUACAUUGAUGCCUCGACUGUUUAUGGUAGUGACUCCGAACGGGCUGACUCCUUGAGAAUAUUCCGAAAUGGUUUAUUGCAAUAUGGCCGCCCUCGUAGACAAUCUCAGACACCUCCGGAUCCACCCGGUGGGGAGUUGUGUCGCUUGGGGGCUUUGUCUACGGAAUGUUUCAAAGGUGGAGAUACGCGAGUUGGGGAGCAGCCAGGCCUGACGGCAUUCCAUACCGUGUGGUUGCGAUACCACAACCGCAUCGCUGCCAUCCUCGGCAACCUCAACCCGCAUUGGAGUGACGAGAAGAACUACCAAGAAACGCGACGCAUCAUCGCUGCGCUUAUCCAGCAUAUUACUUUCAAGGAAUUCCUACCGAUUGUUCUCGGGCAUGAGGUGAUGGACCUUUUUGACUUGAACGUGGAACGCAAGGGGUAUUUCAGGGGUUACGACCCUCUUGUUAAUCCUGCGCCUGCGAAUGCCUUCAGUAGCGCUGCAUUCCGCUUCGGGCAUAGCCUGGUUCAACACUCAUUCCUACGCAGCGACUCAAAACAUCGCCUUUUAGUAAACAAUGUAUCCAUCCAUGAGGAGCUUAAUAACCACGAGAAUAUUUGGAGUUUCGGGAGUGUGGAUCGGUUGAUAUUGGGUUUUUGCAAUCAACCCUCGCAGCGCCGCGAUGAAUUUAUAAGCCGCGAGCUGACGCAUCAUUUGUUCCAACAGCCGGGUCAACCCUUCGGCAUGGACCUCGCCGCCGUGAACAUUCAGCGCGGACGAGAUCACGGCAUUCCCGGCUACACGGCGUGGCGCGAGCCCUGCGGUUUGUCGCCGAUACGCACGUGGGUCGACCUCGAGCCGCUAAUGAACUUCGAAACAAUCCAGCGCUUCCGGUCGAUCUACGACCACGUGGACGACAUUGACUUGUACCCGGGCGGUUUGGCCGAGCGGCCGAUUCGCGGCGGUGUGGUGGGUCCCACGUUCGGAUGCAUUAUCGCACAACAAUUCGCUAACCUGCGCAAGGGCGAUCGAUUCUGGUACGAGAAUGGCGGCUUUGAGAAUUCGUUCACGCCCGCGCAACUACAACAAAUCCGACGUGUUACAUUCGGUCAGGUACUCUGCCAAGUUCUACCGGAGAUUGAAUCCGUGCAGCCGUUCGUGUUCCUCUCGCCGGAUAACUUUCGGAAUUCGAGAUUUCCUUGUGAUAGUCCCGAAAUGGAAAGUUUAGAUUUGCGCGCCUGGGAGGAGCGGCGUCUGGCGCAGAGUCAGCUUGGAAAACCACCGCCGCCACCGCCAGUUAUACCAAUUCAAGUCCCACCGCCAAUAUUACCCAAUAAUAAUAACAAUAAUAACAACAAUGUAUCACCGAAUGUUAACGUGAAUGGAAAACUUGACGAUCUGGAAGGUAAAGUUGAAUUUAUAAAUGGUCAUCAUGUAAACACACGUCCACAAACGCAUCUUGCGCAGAAAGUUGACAGCAAACUGGAUUUCGACGACGGGAUUAAACUUAGCGACAAACUGACGAAACCCGAUAAGAUUGAUAUCAACGAUAAUCUUGACUUCUCCUCCGGAAGCAACUCCAGUAAAGGUAACAGGAAUAAAAACAAAGAUAAACUUCAAAUCAAACCUCUGAGCGGCGUUAACGACAAUAUAGCUUUUAAUAAAAUGAAAACAAGCACAAAAAGCGACAAACUAAAACUCACAACCACUACGAAAAAAACGACAGAUGUCGUUGAUUUUGACGUUAUCUUCCUCACCGGUACGAAUAAAAGUGACAAGAAAAAGUUGCAAGUAAACAAAGAUAUUGACAUUGACGAAAUGUUCGAUUUACCAGAAAGUAAAACCAAAACAGACGGCAGGAUAAUCAAGAGAAGUGCGGAUGAUGAUCCCGAAAAAAGGGAAUCGUAUGAAGUUGACGAGUUUUUGGACGAACUAAUAGCCAAUCAGGAUGCCGAUAAUGGUCGCAAACACGUGGCGAAAAAACGACGCAAAAAGCCGGCGAAAGUGCGACCAAUUACCGCGCCAAAAACAACAACCAAACGUACCACGGUGUAUUUCCAAAACCGGCCGAUGGUUUCGGACUUCUACAAUCCGCUCAAAAUUAAAGUGACUAACAUAACGACCAGCACGAUUGACCUAGAUUCCGACGAUAACGAUAACCCACCACCGCCUUUCUCCCUAAAACCCCAGCUCCACACGGCACUCUAUCAGGAGAAGCCCACAUUCACCAUUAGCAAUUCCAAUCCCGCCCCGGACAAGACCAAACCCGUGACAUUCUAUCACACGACGCGACGUCCCCUGACAUACGACCAAGACGAAUACUACGUCCUCCAUCCGACGAUUAACAAACCCAACCGACAUAAACUGACUGCGGCGAACUAUGGCACCGUGCAAAAGCUGCAAGCGGCUACAACUGAAUCCCAUCCCAAGUCCCCCGACUAUCAAGUCAACAUCAACAUCCACCUGGUGUCAAGCACACCGAAGACCGACAUUCUCCUCAGCGAUAAGCUGUCGAAUCCAAAUGUGCACGAGGUGGACGGCUCGUACGUGAACUACGAGCAGAUCAAGCCAUCCAAUGGCUACUAUCAGUAUUCCACCAAGCGUCCCUCGCCUGUCAUCCCCAUCCGCACGACGACACAACGACCUGACUAUUAUAGACCGCGACCCACACAGUCACCCUCGUCGCAAUCGUACUAUUAUCAGCCGACGACGUACAACUACGAUCGCUUUGAGGAUCGACCGUUUUCUACAUCAAAACGGCCGUAUAUUUACCGGCCAUCGGAGAGUUUCCUUGCAAUGUUCGAGGAAAUGCAUCAGAAUAAUUAUGGGCAAGUACAUUAUGGCCCGUCAGUUAGUACCCGCCCGACGUAUAUUAGUAGUUAUGUAGACAAAGUCACAAAACGACCUCAGAUACCUAGUUAUUUAUAUUACGACGGGAAAUAUUUUAAUGAGAAAGGGCAACAGCAGAGUCAAUACGGUUCCAAUGCUCCCGCAUAUUUACAAAGCGAUUCGUUUUAUAUCAGCCACGCGGUUCAGAACCCUUCGCAGGGUGGUAAUUCACCGUACGAUUCAGGCGAGAAAAAUUUCGUCAAAAUUUCAUCCGUGUUGGGUAAUAGAUAUCUGCAUAAAACCGAUAAGGAGCAUUACAUACACACCGCGCAGCAGAAAGACGGUGAGAUAGAGUUAGAUUCGGUGGAGAAUGCAACAGUCGCGAGUGUUGACAUCGAACAGCGCGCGGUUGACGACGCGAAUAUCAAUCUCGACGCAGAGUCGGUGGAAAUCGACACGGGCGCGGACGACGCGAAGUUGCAAAUCGAUAUAAUUCCGCGCGAGAGCCGGCAGGAUGAUUGGGUGCUGUAUGAGUCCGAGGCGGAUAUCGCCGUCAUGGACGAGCCGGAAAUGAAUCCGAUGGGCGAGCGCGUCGCGGACGAAUUGCCGAAGCCGAUGAGCGAGUUUUGGAAAAAGCACGACGACACAACGGACGACAACGCAGACGGACGAGACAAAUUGGACAAUCCGACCAGAAUUCCCGAUCGGGAGCCGUAGAUAGAGAAAGUUUCGAGUAAUUCCAGCGGCGCGCACCACUGACGACCGACUGCAACUGACGAUCGCGGACACAAUGUUCGAAACUGUAGACAAAACAAUGACUUGACGACUCUAACAGGACGAAACUUAUUAACGUUGAGAAAUAUGACCCCAUAGUACAAACCUGACUGAUUUCUACAACUACGACUGACUGUGACCAAUUUGGUGCCCCCUUUUUUUUUAACAAAAUUAUUUAUUUUUCUACCUUUUUUUGAUCUUGUGAUAACAGCUAUAUCUUUUUCUGUAGUAGUUUAAGGCUAAAGUAUUUUGUUAAAUUUUUGAGAAUAUAAAUAAAUUCUAUUUAUGUAUGUUUGUAAAUUAAUCAUUAGCAAUCAGCUAAGGACACUGCCAAGGAUGAUUCUGGGACGAAAUUUUUGAAGAAAACUCUAGAUCAUUGGAGAAUAUUUUUAUAAUUGGUAUUUAUUUAUUUAUUAUUGGACUCUAAUGUAAUUUUUGAAUAUCUUGAUUUGUAAUAAAUUAUUUUUAGUACUCA